CCAUUCCAGGGUUUUACCCAUUCCAAUUCUCUCCAUUACCAUUGCUCCUCUUUGAUUCUAGCCGCAGCAAUCCCAGCCCUUUCAGCCCUUUUGGAAGAAACCAAUUGCCGGGCACAAGCUGACCCCUGGGAUGAAGCCACCUUAUCGUUAUCCGCAUGGAUGGUCCCUGAGCGUCGUGUUCUGACUGUACCAUUAUGGCUUCUCGAAGCCAGCUGUCAUCCAACAACCAAGACUCAAUCCGCUCGUCCACGUCCUCCUCCGAAAGAAACACUCCUCCAUCAGGCUCAUCGUCUCCGCAGCACCAAUUGACCCCGCUUUCCAACGAAUCCGAUGCGGAAAACCCCCGUUCAGGGCCUGGAGAUUCCCCCGUGCGCCGCUUAAGGGUGCAAACGAAUUUCGACAAGCUUCACAGGUCUGCGGGCGCCGGAGUUGAGGAAGACGAGUAUGACGGGGAAUCCCAUGUCCUCCAUGGAUAUAAUUCGGACGAGGAGCUCGAGGGGAAAUACAGGCCAGCGGACUCAUUGCACCACUACACGGCCGAGGAGGAGAGACAGGUCGUGAGGACAUUUGAUCGGAAACUUGUGCCGUUUUUGGCGCUGCUUUAUUUACUUUCUUUUUUGGAUCGAUCGAAUAUUGGAAAUGCUAGGAUUGCAGGACUUACCGAUGACCUCAAUCUCUCAUCGUCGCAAUAUGAAUGGCUACUUACUGCCUUCUAUAUAACUUAUAUCCUUUUUGAGUGGAUGACGCUGAUGUACCGUCUCGUUCCUGCACACAUAUACAUUCCCAUAUGCGUCUGUGGCUGGGGUCUCGCGGCAUCCUUCCAGUCUUUAUCUACUUCGUUUUGGUCGAUGGUCUUCUUGCGCGCAUUGCUUGGUAUCACCGAAGCUGCCUUUGGACCUGGCGUCCCGUUCUAUCUGUCACUGUUCUAUAAACGCGAGGAACUCGCAUUUCGCAACGGGCUGUUCAUCUCUGCGGCGCCAUUGGCAUCGUCCUUUGCCAGCAGCCUGGCAUGGCUGAUCGUCAAGCUUAGCAGUGACGGUCCAAUUGCUCCGUGGCGCACUCUUUUCUUGAUUGAGGGGUUUCCGAGCGUGAUCGUGGCUGUUUUCGCAUGGAUGCUCAUUCCCGAUUCACCUGGCACGGCUCGAUUCCUCGCCCCUCGACUGAAGAGGGUUGCUGAGUUACGAUUAGGCCCAAGCAAAAUCGACAUUCAUGAACAGAAGUCCUUCGAUUGGCGAGAGGUUGGAAAGGCGCUGGUUGAUCCCAAGUCUUAUUUAAUGGCUUUCAUGUUCUUCAGCUGCAAUGUCGCAUUUAGCUCCAUGCCUGUCUUCCUCCCUACUAUUAUUAAAGACAUGGGCUACUCCCCUGUCACCUCCCAAGCCCUCUCAGCACCUCCCUACCUCUUUGCCUUCUUCAUCGUCCUGAUAACAGCCUACCUCUCCGACCGCCACCGCUGUCGCAGCCCCUACCUAAUCAUCCACGCUCUCCUCUCUUCAAGCGCCUACCUCAUUAUUGCCCUAACCGGCCAUUUCCACACCCACCUCCCCCCAUCCCUCCACACAUCCAUCCGCUACCUCUGCGUCUACCCUGCUAUCUCGGGCUUCUUCGCCUCCAUCACCCUAAUCAUCACCUGGAGCAUGGACAACCGCACCGCGAAGGAAGGGAAAGGAACCAGCAUCGCCAUCCUGAAUAUCGUUGGCCAGUGUGGUCCGCUGCUCGGAACGAGGCUCUACCCUACCUCCGACGGACCGUGGUACGUGCGCGGGAUGGCGACUUGUUCCUUUUUCAUGGUCAUCGUCGCUGUUUUGGCGUUUGCUCUUAGGGUUAUUCUGGUUAGGGAGAAUUGGGGGGUUGGAUUGUCCUUUUUGGGUGGGAGUAGAACUGGAGCCGGUUCUCAUCAGGGUGAGGUUGGAGAUGCGAGGGGUCGGGAAGUGGAAUUGGAGGCGUACGGCCAUGGAGGAGAAAGGGAGGGGUUGAUGGGUAGUGGUGAUGGUGGUGAUGGGUUGGGUCUAAGGUCGGGGUAUGCUGGAGCAAGGAAGGCCUUGACCUAUAUACUGUGAUUUUGGGUUAUUUUGAUUUACUUUUGCUAUAUCAUCAGUGAUGUGUUUUCUAUUGAAUCAAAUAUAAAGGAGAAGACAAAAGACUUGAUUUCUAUCAUUAUCCUACGAGAACUUGGCGCCUUCUAUAUCCGAACAACCCUCCUAGUAGGGUUAAAU